CUCUCUCUCUCUCUCUCUCUCUCAAGGUAGGCCAGGCCAGUGUGUGUAUCCAUGAAUGUACGUCACCAUGAUGAUGACCGACCAGCUGAUGGACUUAGCUCCGCCUCCGCUGCUGAACGGGGAGCUGCCGCUGAUGCAACACAUGGUUAAUGGAGACGCAGCGCAACAGGUGAUCCUGGUACAGGUGAAUCCAGGGGAGACCUUCACCAUCAGAGCGGAGGACGGCUCGCUGCAAUGCAUCCAGGGUAGGUCACACGCUUAUGACAUCACAACCCUGAGCUUCAGUUACACCUGUCUCAUUUUGAUGACCUCAUCCCUGUUCUCUGUUGACAUCACAACACUGUGCUUAGCUAGAUGUGUGUGUGUGUGCUCACUCUGA